AUGGAAGACGCAUACGGCAGUCUCCCGUCCAGUCACCUGCUCGGCUCCGUCCCGGUGAGCGCCCAUCCCGUCAAGAAACCAAGAAACCAAGAAACCAACAAACCAAGGGUUCUUUACUCGAUUUAGUUUACCGUCACUUCCUUUCUGUUAACUUCUCGGGUUUCUGAUCUUGCGAUCCCUUGAGGUUCUUAUCGGAAAGCGAGAGAUUCUCUUUGACGAAUGUUUAAAAUUCAUGCGUUCAAAAUUUUAGGAUACGGAUUUCGCUCUCUCAGCGGCAAUAGAAUUUGCUUAGGUUUCUUGUGGUUCGCUGGGCGGGCAUUAUCUCAUCUAUCUUUUGCACUUUUAACUUGUUGUCGAGCUUGAAUAAUCAACGAAAAUGAACUUCACCUUUCCAUUGGGUUCGUUGGAAUAGACUAUUAGUCUGAUUAUUUGAUCGAAAUAACUACGUGCAGGCCGUGAUUCCUCCAAACGAGAAACCCGAGAACAAAGAAGGUACAUGUACAGUGCCUUCAUUUUGCUUUUGUUUCCCAGUGUUUCACGUCUCCUGUGGCCUCUGACUUCAAUGAUUGGAGCUCGAUUUGGUCCUAGUGUCCCUCUCGUUGACAAAUGGGAGGAUAGCCUGUGUUUUCCUACUCUGAUAUCCUGUUUCCACAUAGGUGCAACUGCAAGCAUGCAGAUGUUUCCACCUGGCAAUGGAGGUUAUCGGGCUCCUGGCAGUUCUAACGGUAUGUGAUAUAUGUUGUAACUGACUCCAUGGUUUGACAUAUCUGUAAUAAAAGAGUUACACUACUAGACACAGAAGAUUGUGGCUGGAUUUGAGAUGAAUUUUAAAGUAAAUUGCUGUUCGAAUCAAGAAAGUCGAUGGAGGCUUCACAGUCUUGGUCUUAUUAGGUUGUCAUUAGGUGGUCUCGACCGCUGGUUAUCUCUUUCAGUUGUAAGGUCACCAAUUCUUGAUGAAUUGUCGUCAUAGUCAGGAUUCAUGAUGUGAAUGAUUUAAGUCAAAACAUUCCACAGUGGAGAAGAAAACAUAAGUUUAAAACUAAAAGAAGUGAAUCUGAAAAUUCUUUGCAAUUUGGAUGCGAGUUUCAAUAGCGAGGCUGUAUAGGACAACUUCAAGUAAGGGUUUGUUGGAGAUACAGAAGUCAGGGAGGAAUUAGUAGUUGGAUAAUUUGAAAAAAAGAGGGAUGAUUUUAUACUGUGCUUAGUUAUGGGUGUCCAAUUCUAUGACAUUCGUGCUCCUUACCAUUUAAUAGUUUCGCUAUUUUUAAAUAGGAUUCUUCUUGAAGGUUUUUAAAGUCCAAAAAAAUGAAUUUAUACAUAGAAGCAACUUUAUUUGGAAGGCUGGUGCUGCUUCACCCGAAGAUCCAGUGGAAAUCCAACCAUACUGCAUCUGAAAUCCAACCCGACGGUGCCAGUUAAGCGAAGAAUAACCUUCUAUCUAGAAACGGAGUUGGCUAUAUAUGUGGAGGUGCAUUUACUUCCUUCUAUUUUUUUUUUCUGGGAGUAGCUGUAUAAACAAAAAUAAAAGCGUAUCAAGGAAAAAUCUUCUUAGUGUGGAAAUAUGACCACGAAUAUCUACAUCACCUUUCCACUCAGGAUGAUAUAUUGGUACAUGGCAUGGGCUCAGAAUCAGUGAUAACCCCCCUUAGCCCACAUAUGAUAUGAUGGCUCAACAGAGAUUGCUGUUUAAGGAAAAUAAAGGUUUUUAAGGAGAUAACUAUUUUUUAGAACCAUGGAUUUGAGGAGUAAGAAUGAAGAAGUGUACUUUUAUCUUGUACGUAAAAGGAAUUGGAAUAAUUAGUGCAGGAAAAAAUGAUAAUUUUUCUGUUAACAAAUGUAAAGGAAAGUAAGUCACUCUGCCCAAAUAUGGGGACGUCUUUCGAUCUACUCUCUUAUCCGAUUAAGUUGUAAAUAAAACGGGCAUGAAAGAGGAUACAUAUGACCAUCCAUUACCCAUACUUUUUUGUUUUAGUCAUAUACCCCCUCCUCCCCCACCCCUGCCUAAAAAAUAAGAGAAUAUUUUUCAAUCUGAAAACCUUACACGGGCUUCGAUUUUUUUUUUUCAAUUCAUCUUCCAUUUGAAUUAUUCACUUGAACAUUAGUAUUUUUAAAGGUGUAGUAUAUAUUAACCUUUUUGAUACUUGUCUUGGGGCUUCAUUCGGUAUUUUGUCAUCUUUCUGCAAUCUUUAAGCUAAUGUACCUAUUUAGUUGCAAGUUGCAGCUGAAGAAUCGCAAUGCCAAAUUUGGAGUAAUGUAGAAAAUUGUCCACACAACUUAUAUUUUGUGCAAAACUUGGAAUAAGGAGCCGCACUUGUUACUCCUGACUAUUAUAUCCCGGACAGUUCGUCAUUUCAAGUCGAGCUUUAUUUUUGCUGCGGAUCUUGAGUAGCUUGACUAUUUAAAUGUGAUGUAAAUUCACUGUUCUGUAGGCAUUAUGACUAGCAUUUCCACUAAUGACUUAGAUCAUCUGUUGACACCCUCGCCCUGUAGGCAGCUCGAAAUUGAUUGAGACAUUUUCAUUAAAGUCUUCUACAGGCAUCCAUUGGGCAAAAAACCUUUUUUUAAUUUUAUUUUACUGCUUCUUGGUAAAUAACAGCUUAUUUUUCUACUUCGAUUUUGUAUUCUCUUGCGCUUCGUAAUGCUUGACAAUGUCACAUGUAUGGCAUGUGCACAACAGAGCGAAAUAUUUUUGUUUUUGUUCUAUUGUCUUUUGGGAUUAGAUAGCUUCUCUUUAUCUGUAAUUCCUUUUUACAACAUUACCACUCACGCAGUUGGGGAUGAGCAACCUGCAACGAGCUGGGCUGGAGUAUUCAGCAUUUCAUCAUACACCCCUUAUUUCAAUGUUGACACUGAUGUUGUGGUGGAUAGGCUCAUGAGCUCUGUUUAUCCCCUUCGUGGAGAUUUUUUCAGCAAGAUUGGUGCUAAUCCUGAUUUGUAAGUUGCCCAUCUUGUAAGCUCGACUGUAAGCAUUCUACUGAAUGUGAGCAGGCUAUGCCUUAUUAUUUUAUUCAAAAGGUUUGACGGCGCUCCAAGUGCCAGUUGAAUGGUUAUCUGGAGGCAGUGAUUUGAAUUUCUCGGUUUGUUUAUGAGAAGAAGAAGAAGAAGAAGAAGAAGAAGUGGUUGCUAAGAUAAGCCUCUGGCUUAUUUCUGAAAUCCUUUCUGAUGUGAGAUUUUCUUUUCAGAUACGCGCCAGUUUGGAUCUCAACAACCCUGGUAUUCAUGUUAGCUGCUCUUGGAAAUUGUGCCAGUUAUCUAAUGAAGAAAAAGGAUCCAAGUCACCAGUGGCUCUUUGAUGUGGCUUAUUUUAAUUGGUCUGCGGGUGUGGUGUAUGGUUAUGUGCUCAUAGUACCAGCGGCAUCUUACUUUUUGCUCCAGUACCUUGGAUCAAACGGAAGCCUCAUACGUCUCUGGUGUCUCUGGGGUUACUCACUUUUCAUCUUCAUACCAGCAUCUGUAAGUAUCCAAAAUUACAUAAUAUCUUUAAAUUUCCUCUUCUGGCUGAGUGCAAGAUAUUUAUUUCUUAAUCGUGAAUAACUUUUCUCAACUUCUCGGGAAUUUUGCAUUAAUUCACUACUUUUCAUCUAUGAACGUUUGACUAAUUGGAGUAUACCCACUAUGACUAAUCGAAUAUCAGACAUAGUUUUUAUUUUGAAUUGAUGGAUUUUUUGUGAGUGUUAGAGUGGGUAAGAGCUUCAGAUACCGGUGUAGUAAAUUAAUAUCCGAAUUAGUCUGGAACUAUUUAAGUAGAAGAGUAUACCAACUCUCCUUGCUUGGCCUUGAGACGCGGUGUAAUGGCGCAGGUAGUUUCCAACGUUCAUAGUCAGGUAGUGUCGCUGUGCACCGGUCUGAGACCGACUCAUCGCUUUCUGUGGAGAUUUACGGGCAAUGCCUGGCCCAGAUGUCCCAUUAAUUCGAGGUUGCAAACCAUGCGAGUCUAGGUCAACAUCGCUCUGCUAUGCUUAGGAUAUCUGUCUUUUUUUUUUUCCCCAAGUUCUUCUUGAGACCAUCGCCUUUCCCCAUAUUUUUGUAAAUACAUGUAGAAGAGGAAGGUAAAAGCGUAAAGGGUCUCCUAUGUUACCAUUUAGAGCACGGAUUGUUGCCACUUUUGGGUGUCCUAAGAUUCUUGGGUUGACUGCGUCCAGCUGCUCUUGGUCGUUCCGGUGGAGGUCUUCCGGUGGGUCAUCAUUCUCCUCGCUGGUUCUGCGUCGGCUGGUUUCAUCUCGUUGAACCUGAGGACCUACACCGAGGGGCACGACCUCAUGGUGUGGGUGGUCAGCGUCUUCUUGCUGCAGUUUUUCCUGGCUAUCCUACUGAAGGUUCUCUUCUUCGCAUAA